GCAGCUAAAUGACGGCACAUGACGACGGCGACGGCCCAAUCUUUUAAUUACCUUAACCCGGCACCCGCGGCAGUCAUUCCGAUCUAGAGUUUUCUGGGAUACAGGAUACGGAGAGAAUCUACAUUCUACCCUGUAGAAAGAGGUGGAAUGGGUUACUAGUCCAGGCAAAAGCGGAAGCGCAUGCGGCAUCUCCGCACUGCUGCUGGCGCCACAACAACUUAACACCGAGCGAUACAAGACGCGAUCCAGGGAGAUGCGAGCUAUUGAGACGGCAACAUGGAGACGACAAUGGCUGCUCCCUCGGCUCCUCUCGAGCGUUCCAUCUCGCAGCAGUCCGGCACCUCGAUAAGAAGCCAUCGAUCCCGUACUCGCAAGAAACUGACAUCCCAACCCUCGAGCUCGGCCUCAUCCGUCGCCCCGUCCGACAAGUCCCUGAUUUCAUUUCCAUCAUUUUCGCCCGAGUCACCUAGAGAAGAGAGAGUCAGCUUCUUCCGCAACAGCGACGACUCGACAACCGUGACCUCAUCACGCAAGACGUCGGGCCAGAGCUUGGCCAGCUCGGGACAGGGAGAGAGGCAGGGGCAGGGACAAGGAGAAGGGUUGGAACGGAAGAAACAGGGAGAUUGCCUGGAUUCAUCCGCGAUUGUCCACCACUUGACCACCACCUCGCCAUCAUCAGCCGCCCGCGGCGCCUUGUUCGAGGAUGCGCCGCCGGCCUCGCGCAUAGUCCCCGGCGCCCUUCACCAUGCCGACGAUGAACACAUCCGUCGUCUAAUUGACCGCCAUGGCGCCGUCAAUCUCGUGCGCCAGAUCGCCGAAGACCUGGCUCAGCGGGACGCCCAGAUUUCGAGCAUGCGCCGCCGGGCAGAAGAGCGGGAGCGCUCAUUGCGCAAGAUCAUCCUGGAAUGCGGCUUGUCAAGCCUCGAUCUAGAGACCCGGCUGCGCACCAUGGAGCAGGAAGCAAAGGCCAACGGGACAUCAAGGUGGGCAUCGGCGGCCGGCCUCUCGGAUUUGAUGACGGAUGCUAUGACCGAGCAUGUCACGCCCCCCUACACGGCCAACGCUUUCGAUGACGCCACCGUCCGAGCGAGUUCAGUCCCUCUAUCUGCGGCCGAGGAUAUUGAAGCUACGAAGGGUUCAGGGCGAGGCUGGAAGGACUACUUUUGGGGGACUGGCACGGUAAAGAAGUCUAGCCGGGCAAGCAGCAUGACAAGGGACGCGAACAAGCAGUCGCCAGCCGUCGUCAAAGCCAUCCCGGCCGAGCGGCGGCCACCACUACAGGUAGACUUGUUCCACCCGCCCGAGGACGAACCGGUGCGAAGCUCUAGCAGAGCAUCAAGCAUUAACUCGGCCCAUGCGCCAAGAAAGCCGUCGCUGGCGAGCAUGGCGCUGCGCCUGGUUGCCGGGGGUGCGUCAAUUGGGCGUGAUGGCGAAAUUCGUGGACGUGCAAGCAGCGCCCAGGGCGGGGGUUCCCUUCGGACACCAUCGACUUCGAGCUUGAACACGACCGGCUCAGCCCGUGCCGUGUCAGCCCAAAGCGGCCCCAAGGCCUUAAUGGCGAUGCGCCGACCCACUGGGCCAGUUCGGCCGAUCGACGUCCCUACGCGGUCUCAAGCUCAGGAGCGCUGGGAUACGAUGGUGUCCACCCCAGGGAGGAGCCCAGUCGCGCGGCAACAGAGCUAUGGCCCUGUCGAAAUGGACACCAUCCUGCCCCCGGAUGCUCAGCCGCCAAGCCUGACGCAUACCUACAACAACCAUGCGGGCGCCGACUAUCUCACGGAUCGCUUCGGCUUCAUCUACGACCAACGCCGGAAGAAGCGCCAACGAGAAUCCGCGCAGGUGGCCCACCAUGCGAAGAAGGGCAGCCGCACCGAAAUGGUUAAUGGACGAAACGGUCUUUCCCCGGUAUUGCUGGAGGACAGUGCCAGCGGGAACAUGAGCAUUGGCAGCGACGGCAGGCCCGGCACGCCUAAUUCGUCGGAAGAGCCCCGCGAAGACACCAAACCCAAGCGGUGGCAGGACUACCUGAAGAUCGCGACCUUCCCCACGGAGCUGCUCUCCCACACACCUUUGAUCAGCGCCCAGGGCUUCGAAGUGCUGGAAGCAACUGAGGUCCCCAAGUCACCGAGUCAAUCGCCAAGCAUUGUGUCGGAAGAUAGGGGCUUCCUGCCGGCUGCGACAACCACGGCUGCAAUAACACCCAGCGACACCGAAACCCAGCCGGCAUCCGAGGGCGAGCAGCCGUCAGCCACGCUUGCCAAGGAGGAUGCCGAGCCAGUCAGGCUGCUCCUUGAGAACCUCAACAACCUUCACGAUACUCUCCAACGCGAGAAGACAGCCCGGUGGAAUGACUUCCUCAGGAAAGUGCGAGCAGAGCGCAAACGAGAUGGGGAAGCCGCAGCGGCAGCCGCCGCCGCCGCAGCCGAAGCUCGGUUUCAGCGUGCCACGGCCGUCAUGCCCGAAACCCGCCUUGGCGACGGCGAGCUUAUCGGCGUCGCCAGCCUCGGUAUCCAAGGCAAGAUUGGCCGCGCCAAAGCCAACGAGUUCAAAUCCCUCGUCCUCGGCGGCAUCCCCGUCGCCUAUCGCGCCAAGAUCUGGUCCGAAUGUUCCGGCGCCAAAGCCCUGCGCAUCCCAGGCUACUACGACUCGCUACUCUCCCGGCCGGAGCCCACUGACGACCCGCAGGUUGUGGCCCAGAUCGAAGCUGACAUCACCCGCACCCUGACCGACAACAUCUUCUUCCGCAAGGGGCCCGGCGUGCAGAGACUGCACGAGGUCCUCCUCGCCUACUCCCGCCGCAACCCGGACGUCGGCUACUGCCAGGGCAUGAAUCUAGUGGUGGCCAACCUGCUGCUCAUCACCCCGACCGCCGAGGACGCCUUUUGGAUUUUGUGUUCCAUGGUCGAGUCCAUCCUCCCGCCGCACUACUUUGACCAUUCCUUGCUCGCCUCCCGCGCCGACCAGGUCGUGCUACGACGAUACGUCCGCGACAUCCUGCCGAAACUCUCGGCCCACUUCGAUACCCUGUCCAUCGACCUCGAGACCAUGACGUUCCAGUGGUUCUUGAGCUUGUUCACCGACUGCCUGAGCGCCGAGGCGCUGUUCCGGGUGUGGGACGUUGUGCUGUGCACGCCGCAUGACGGCGGCGUGUUCUUGUUUCAGGUGGCGCUUGCGCUGCUGAAGCUGAACGAGAAUAUGCUCCUGACGAAGUGUGGCAGUCCCGCGGAGGUGUAUAGCUACAUUAAUCAUGAGAUGACGAACCAUGCGAUUAGCAUUGAUGGGCUGGUGCAGGCGAGCGAGGCGUUGAGACGGUUGGUAAGGAAGGAGGAGGUGGAGGCGAGGAGGACGGCGGCGAUGGAGGGGGAGAGAGCACUUGGUGGCAGUGGUGCUGCUGCUAUCGUGUCUGCUACGGCGGGGACGGGUAUGGAGAUUGAUGUGGGUGUGGCCGGGAAGAAGGCUGGCAAGGCGCCGGCGGUCGUCAGUCAGGAGGUGGUGUUGGCUGCGCCGAGUCGGAGUGUCAGCCGGGCGCCGAGUCCGCGUCCGCCGGCAGGCGAGGACGGUGCUGGCAGUGGUGACAACAGGUGACGCCUUGGACGGGGAGUGGUGGCAGUGGCGGGUCUGAAUCUUGAACAUUAUAGAACAAUUUUGAAGAUGGGGUUCUUCACAGUCACACCCGACGGCUUUCCUUUGUUUCAUACGGUUGGACUGAUACAGUUCGGAUUGCUUUUGCUCACUGCAUUGGGGAGUAUCAGCGGGGUUUAUUGUUGCAUAGCCUUUUCCCUCCCCUUUUUUAGAUUGGGCCUCUCAAAGUCUUACGAUACCCAACGGUUCUCUGGGGGCCUAGUGGGUGGGAGGCAUAAGGUUAGAGUUGGAAUCAGUUACACUACCACUGGAUAUGUCGAUGUGAACAGCUUACGCUGCGUAAAACAGGCAAGUGACAGACAGCUACACUGAAAC